GAUUAUGGGAAAACCGAUAUCCACAUCACUCGAAUUUCCAUCGCGUUUCGCCCUCACACAGUGCCAGUUUUUCCUUUCCUUGGUGCGAAUGCAGUAUGACAGAUGUCAAGAAGAAAAGUGUGCGCAUCGUCCCGAUCACCCCCAGCCGCAGCAUGCUGAAGACAUUCGAAGGUGUUGUGCCCUUUGUGAAGAAACUCGCGAAUCAAACCUACUCGAUCGACAAUUGGGUGUUCAAGCUCCACUACCGGCUCACCUUCUUCGCCCUUUUGACGUCCACAGUGUUGGUGUGCUCGCGCCAGUACAUCGGCGACCACAUCCAGUGCAUCUCCGAUAAAGGAGUACCAGGUCAUGUUAUUGACACUUACUGCUUCUUCACAUCCACCUUCACUUUGAUCAAGGACCUGGACCCCGAGUUGCUGGACAAGGGCGGCCUGCCCCAUCCCGGAGUGGGGGAGUACGGGAUUCAUUCCAAGGACGAGGUCAAGCACCACGCCUACUACCAAUGGGUGCCGUUCGUCCUGUUUGGGCAGGCACUGAUGUUCUACGCCUCUCACUAUGUGUGGAAGAAGCUGGAAGGUGGAAGACUCAAGUACUUGGUGGACGGGCUGCAGCUGGCCGCGUUCUCCUUGCAGGAGAAGGAGAUGGGGGUGGGCGGCAAGAACAUUCCCACCAGGGCGCAGAAGGAGGACAAGAUUCGCGUGGUGAGAAAGGCGUUUCUGGACCGGCUUUACAUCAGCGGCUCCUGGUCGAUGCACCUCAUCCUGUGCGAGUGCCUCAAUCUCCUGAACGUGCUGUUGCAGAUCUACAUCACUGACCGCUUCCUGAACGGGCAGUUUAUGAGCCUGGGGGCUAACGUGUGGCGCCAGGGACUGGAAUCCAGCGUCGAUCCUCUGGAUGUGGUCUUUCCCAAGGUAACAAAGUGUACGUUCCACAAGUACGGCCCUUCGGGCUCCAUCCAGUGGCACGACGCCAUGUGCGUGAUGGCCCUCAAUGUGAUCAACGACAAAAUCUACACUUUUCUGUGGUUUUGGUAUAUUUUCCUGCUGGUGGCCACGGGCCUGGCCCUGGCCUGGAGACUGCUCACCAUCCUGCUGCAUGCGCGCAGCAAGUCCUUCAACAAGCUGGUCUUCUCCACCACCUGCCCCGGUAAAAUCAACCCAUGGGACGUGUUGACAGUGUCGCGCUACUGCAGCUACACCGAUUGGCUGUUCCUCAAGUACCUGUCCAAGAAUCUGGAUGGCUUGGUGUUCCGUGAGAUUAUCAUCGGCCUGGCCGAGGAGCUGGAGGACGAUCUGGACUCCGCCAAGAAGUCCCUGAUGAGCGACCAGCUUUCCAACCCAGAGGCCGGCCUGCCCGAAUACAAGAAAGACUGAUGGACUUUGUGAUGUUGUGAUUUCCUAAUUUAUUGACUACCUAUCCCAGUUUUUUAAUAAAACUUGAUGUUGUAUUUGCCGA